CGAAUCACUACUACUCAUCCCCCUCUUCAAAACCCUAGGGCGGUGACAACUCCGCCGUGCAGAGGGUAGUACCAUUUGCGCAAUAGGACGAUCGUCUGAUAUAAUAAGAUCAUUUAUAAGGGCUGCGGAAGUUCUCCGAAUUUUCAUUGGUUCCCUAAUUAAGUCGCAAUGGCGAAGAAGAAGGAGAGGUCUGUGAAUGUAUCGGGAAAGCCGAAGCAUUCCCUGGAUGUGAACCGGAAUGGCAGCACUGCCAAGACCAGCGGCGGCCGCAGCUCUGCCACCGUUAACCGGCUCAAGAUGUAUAAAAGCAGGCCCAAGCGCGAUAGGAAGGGCAAGAUUCUUAAGCACGAUUUUCAGUCCUCAGAGCUGCCGUCUACUAGAAUUCGGCCUGAUCGCAAUUGGUUCGGGAAUACUAGGGUUGUGGGGCAAAAACAGCUCGAAUUUUUCCGGGAGGAGCUGCAGAGUCGGCUUUCCAGUAAUUAUACUGUUCUGUUGAAGGAAAGGAAGCUGCCCUUGUCGCUCUUAAACGAUCGACAGAAGCAAUCCAGAGUUCAUCUCCUGGACACAGAGUCUUUUGCUGAUGCAUUUGGUCCCAAGGGAAAGAGGAAACGACCCAAGCUUCUUGCAUCAAAUUACGAGUCACUAGCAAAGAGAGCUGAUGGUUCUCAGGGUGCUUUUGAAGAAAAACGUGGUGCCAGCUCUUCUGUUGAAGAGAAUGAAGAUGGAUUCAGGGACCUAGUUCGACAUACUAUGUUUGAGAAAGGUCAAAGUAAAAGAAUAUGGGGUGAACUCUACAAAGUUAUAGAUUCUUCAGAUGUUGUUAUUCAGGUUUUAGAUGCUCGAGAUCCACUUGGUACCAGAUGUUAUCAUCUGGAGAAGCACUUGAAAGAACACUGCACGCAUAAACAUCUGAUUCUAUUGCUAAACAAGUGUGAUUUGGUUCCUGCCUGGGUAACGAAAGGGUGGCUUAGAGUACUAUCAAAAGAAUAUCCAUCUUUGGCAUUCCAUGCUAGCAUCAACAAGUCCUUUGGAAAGGGUUCUCUCCUGUCAGUAUUAAGACAAUUUUCACGUUUGAAGAGCGACAAGCAAGCCAUAUCUGUGGGUUUUGUUGGUUACCCCAAUGUUGGGAAGUCAUCAGUUAUCAACACUCUGCGUACUAAGAAUGUUUGCAAGGUUGCUCCUAUUCCUGGAGAGACCAAAGUAUGGCAGUACAUAACCUUAACAAAGAGGAUCUUCUUAGUUGAUUGCCCAGGAGUUGUUUAUCAGAAUAAUAACGAUUCUGAAACUGAUAUUGUAUUGAAGGGCGUGGUAUGUAUUAUAUUGCCUUACAUUUUAGGAAUCGAUCGUUGUGGGUUUCAUCACUGUGAGGCUUAUGUUAGCAAUUCUAUAGCAUAUCAAAAAUUGUUGCCAAGUCUUGCCCUUUGGGCUUGUUCUUUUUUUUUUAAGAAAAAUUGAAAUAUGGAGGUAGCAAUUGACAACUUGUGCUACCUGUUAGCUUAAUGCUUUUCUUUUUGAAGUACUUUUAAGGCCAGAAGUGUUCAAUCUAGUGAUCACUUUGCCUUGUUUCCAGGUUCGGGUGACAAAUUUGCAGGAUGCUGCUGAGCACAUAGGUGAAGUUUUGAAACGUGUAAAGAAGGAGCACCUUCAGAGAGCGUACAAAAUAAAAGAUUGGUACUCGCUAAACUGAUAAUUAGCCUCUAUCUAGUGUUCUUUUGUCAAAUUCAAUGAGUGACAUGUUGUGCUUAUUGUGCUGGGUUAAUGUUCUGCUUGGGUUUUUCCAGAAUGUUUUUUUAAUUUGGGGUUGAAAGUACUAUAUGCCUGACUUUCUUUGUUCAUCUAUUUCACUCUGAACAGAGACCAGUAAGAUUUUCUAUUUUGAAUAUAAUGAAUAUUGAAAAUGAUCUGUAAACCACUGCAGUGUAAUUAAUUUUCAGUCUUUUGAGGAAGAUACAACCUUGAAACAGUAGGUGCGGACAUAUUAGAUAGGUGCUAGGGGGGAUGGUUUAGGUAGUCUGGAUCGCAUUCCCACUUUGAAACUUUGAAACUUGGAAUUCCUUGAUUAAGUAUAAUUUUUUAUACCUGAACAUGUCCUCAAGGUUCGAUGCAUGGUGGAUAUUGGCUAUAAUAUCUCUUCUAACUGUAAUCUCUUUUUUCCUUUGUCCUCAGGGAAGACGAUAAUGACUUCCUUGUUCAGCUAUGCAAAGCCACCGGCAAACUUCUAAGGGUAAGUGCUUUGCUUUAGGUUUGGUAUGUUGAGUUGGAAAAAUUCUGUUUCUUGCAUUUGCUGAUGUAACUUACUCUGGGAGAUUAAACCACCAACAGGUAGUAUAUUAUUCGUGAUGGGUGGAUGGUGUGGUUUAAUUAUAGGUUAUAUUGUAAACUCUUGAAUGUCAGGAUUAGCAAGUAGUCAAUUCUUGAUUACGUGAUUGAAUUAUGGAAUACUUGAUUUCCAGGGGGGUGAACCGGAUUUGAUGACGGCUGCUAAGAUGGUUCUUCAUGAUUGGCAAAGAGGAAAGAUACCAUUCUUUGUCCCGCCCCCGAAGCAAGAAGAUGAGUCAACUGAAGGACCAGGUGAAACUGAUGCAGGAAAGAGUAAAACUGUGGAUGAUGAUGACCAAGUAUUGGCCGCCAAGAAGGCGAUCUCAGAGGUUAUUUCGUCACAGCAGUUGAAAGAUGUUCCAGUUCAAGAGGACCUUUAUACAGAAAAUGAGUUGAAGGGUGAUGCUGUGGAGCAACUUAGUUAAGUUUUGAUAGCUGUGAUUUUGUCACAUAUCUAGCUUGCAUUAAUUAUAUUGACUUUAAGAUUAAUUUCAUGUUUAAGUUGACGAAUUCUUUGCCAUUAAUAUUUUUUUGGGAUAGCGCUUUGUCCACAUAUUUGCAUGAUGUGUUUGGCCUGGAGCAAUUAAAGGAAAUUAUGAUGAUAGAAUUCUUUUUUCUUCACUUGCAUGUGGCAGUUUAUCAUGUGCUCAUCAGCUACCGGGCAGAGGUCUUUUAGUUGGAACAAGAUCAUAUUUUAUGGUCCCUACAUUGUACCAAAUUGGAGAUUUUGUCUGAAAAGUCGAUAGUCGUUCGAUUAUGUACCUUAAUCAUUGCCAUCUUUGUUGGAUGAUUUGAAACUCCAGCACUAGCAUUUUUUGACAAGUCGUAUUUCAUUCCUCGGCGAGUAAACAAUGACUACAGGCCACAAAAAGUUGAGUGAUUGAUACUCGACAAAUUUUCAUCACUCGAAGCUCAUUGUCAAUUAUAAACCCCUAUGUUGUUGUAUCUUUGCUUUCUCUGCUUUUUACUUUCCAUUAAGGUUUGCCUGGACAAUGGACACUGUUCAGUGUUCACCAACAGCUUUAAACUUCCAUGAUCAUCGGAACCAUGAGCGUUGAAUCUUGACUGAUCGACUUAUCUAAGUCAUCAAGAGGCAGAUUUUCUAUCUAUUGAUCGAGAAACGUAAUUCUCAUCUGAUGAUCCAAUCACUACUCUCUUGCUAUUCACUCA